CGAGAGCACUCUGAUCACAUGACAGAGCCCUGCAUUUGAGGAGGCCUACUGCACAGUGCAAAGAUGUUGGUGGGGGUAUCGUUGGUAGUGUUUCCGCUCGUUUUACAAGCUGUCUUUGGCUUUCAAUGUGGAAAAGAUGAAGGGAAAUUGCAAGUUCACCUAGUUCCCCACACACAUGAUGAUGUUGGUUGGCUGAAAACAGUAGAUGAAUACUAUUAUGGCGCCAACAACUCGAUACAACAUGCAGGGGUGCAAUACAUCUUGGACUCUGUUGUCGCUUCGCUGUUGCAGAACAAGGAAAGGACAUUUAUAUACGUCGAAAUGGCUUUCUUCACGAGAUGGUGGAAUCAGCAAAACGACCAGAUGAAGCAAAUUGUGAAGAAUUUAGUCAAAAAUAGACAACUGGAGUUCAUUAAUGGAGGCUGGUGUAUGAACGACGAGGCUGCAACUCAUUAUAACGCCAUAAUUGAUCAAAUGUCUCUUGGACUAAGGUUCAUAAACGAAACGUUUGGUGCAGAAGCUAGACCCACAGUUGCCUGGCAUAUCGACCCAUUUGGGCACUCAGCAGAGCAGGCUUCUUUGUUUUCAAUGAUGUCGUUUGAUGGAUUCUUUUUUGGCAGGAUAGAUGAAGAAGACAAGCAGACAAGACUGAAGGAACAAAGAAUGGAGAUGGUCUGGAGAGGGAGUAGAGCAUUUGAAAAAUUAACACAAAUAUUUACUGGUGAGCUAUAUAAUGGAUAUGGUCCACCUGGAGGAUUUUGUUUUGAUGAGUUUUGUGGAGAUCCCCCAAUAAUGGAUGACAAGAGAAUGUUUGAUUUCAAUGUAAAAGAAAGGGUUGAUACUUUUGUGAAAGAAGUGUGUGACCAAGCGACACAUUACAAAACAAAUAAUGUUAUAUUGACAAUGGGAUCAGAUUUUAUGUAUGAAAAUGCAAAUCUGUGGUACAAGAACUUGGACAAAUUGAUAAAGUAUGUGAAUGAGGAUGGCAGAGUUAAUGUCUUCUAUUCAAGUCCUUCACGUUAUUUGAAAGCUUUGCAUAAUGCCGGAAAAACCUGGGGUGUCAAGACUGAUGAUUUCUUUCCAUAUGCGCAUUGUCCUCAUUGCUAUUGGACUGGAUACUUUACAAGCCGCCCAGCUCUUAAAGGCUACAUUAGAAAGAACAACAACUUGUUACAGGUAUGUAAGCAAAUGGAAACAAUCAAGGGUCCAACAGGAGAAUAUCCGAGCUCAGAGAGCCUGAGAAAGGCAAUGGCAGUGAACCAGCAUCAUGAUGCCGUGACUGGGACAGAAAAGCAGCACGUAACCUUUGACUAUGCCAAAAGGUUGUCCAUCGGUGAAGAAGAAUGCCAUCUUUUGGUUUCAAACUUUAUUGGUGAGAAGUCGGCACACGAAGAAGAAAAGACAGAAGCGCCGAGGUUUACGUUUUGCAAUUUUCUUAAUAUAAGCAUGUGUGCUGUUACUGAAAAGAGCUCAUCUCUUGCUGUCAAUAUGUUCAAUGGCAUUGCAAGGCCAGUUAGUAGAUAUAUAAGGUUCCCUGUAUCAGAAAUGAAUCUCGCUGUUUAUGGAGAAAACGGGGGACUGUUAGACUCGCAGGUUUUACCUGUUUCUAAAGAAACCGCAGCAAUUCGCGGGAGCCGAGGUUCUGCGCCGUAUGAAAUCGUUUAUCAGAGUAGUGCGCAAGGGCUUGGUUUUAACACUACCUUUGUGCAAAAGCAAAAUUCUGUUAAGUCGUUUUUCUCACAGUUCACCCCAGUCAUAGACUUCAAAGAAGCUGGAGGAAGUAUAGAAAACGAUAAAUUGCAGUUAGACUUUGAUCCUGGUACUGGAAGGCUGGUCAGAAUUUCAAGGAAAGACAUAAGUCUAUCAAUUGAUGUUGAUCAGCAGUUUUUCUGGUACAAUGGCAGCUCUGGGAAUGCAGAAAGCCGGCAAACGUCAGGAGCCUACAUUUUUAGGCCCAACAAGACCGAGCCGUAUAAUAUUUGUGAAGGCAACAUUGCAAAAACAGUGUCUGUAAAAGGUGUCCAGGAAGCUAGGCAGAACUUUGGACCUAUUGUGAGUCAGGUUAUCAGGCUGUACGAGGGCGAACCCUAUGCUGAGUUUGAAUAUACGGUUGGGCCUAUACCAGUGAACGAUGGACUUGGGAAGGAGAUCAUUUCGAGAUUUGACAGCAAGAUUAAGUCCAAUAAGCUGUUUUACACAGAUGCAAACGGAAGAGAGAUUAAAGAACGAAAGAGAGACUACCGGGCAACAUGGGAUUACAAAGUAACAGAGCCGGUUUCUGGGAAUUACUACCCGGUAAACAGCCGAAUCUACAUCAAUGAUUCAGCAGCACAGCUGACAGUUAUGACUGACAGGUCACAUGGGGGAUCGAGCAUCAAAGACGGUUCUCUGGAGAUAAUGCUCCACCGCAGACUGUUGCAUGAUGACUUCUUGGGUGUUGGUGAAGCCUUGAAUGAGCCUGGUCUGGAUGGUAAUGGUUUGAUUGUGAGGGGAAUACACAGGGUUUUACUUACGAGACCGGAAGAAGGAUCAAGCGCGCAUCGAGAUCUUGGCGAGAAAAUUAUGAUUAGUCCGUUAGUCAGUUUUGCAGCAAGGGAUCAAUCAAUACCGGAUUGGUUGAAGACUCACAAACCAACAUAUUCUGCUCUGCAAAGGUCUCUUCCUGAAAACAUUCACUUGUUGACACUUGAAGCAACGAGCCCAAACAAAGCGAUUAUAAGAUUUGAGAACAUUUAUGCGAAAGGAGAGGACCCGAGGUUUGCUAAAGUUACUUCAUUUGCACUGGACGGGCUCUUUUCCGAGUUUGAUGUUGUUAAUUCGGUGGAGCUGAACUUAGCAGCCAAUCAAUUUGCUUCUGACAAAAAGCAGCUGAACUGGAAAACAGAGUCGGGCACAGGGGCACAAGAUACACAAGGUUGCCUCGGAGAACAAGGGGGUAAGAAGAUAAUCACGGUUGGGCCAAUGGAAAUCUGUACCAUUGAAUGUGAAAUCAAAAGGAAGUAGCCCCCGGUGAAAGAAAACUCAGUUUCAUUGCUGAUGAUUUGCUUUUGAAUUAUGCUUAAUAUUGACUUAUUAAUCGAUACAGGGAAUGAGUAUCGAAAAUUUUGUAUGAAAAUAAUAUGCAGAUAGAUCUAGAAGAUGAAUGCUUGUAGUUAAUUUCAGUGCUUCAUGUUAGUAAAUAUUUAGAUUUAAAAUAUGGUCACCGCUCAGUAAUCAUUCAGAAUGGAUUAAAAGCUCGAUCAGAAUUAAGUGUUUCUGAUGUCUCGUGUAAAUUUUGGUAAUUUAUCGAUGCAUUUUUGAAGAAUAGAAGAAUAAA